GGGAGCCACCUCGGUGGUCUACAGCUGUGAGGAGAAGGGCACAGGCGCCCCGUACGCAGCCAAGAUCCUGAAGAAGACGAUUGACAAAAAGAUCGUAAGGACAGAGAUCGGGGUCCUGCUGCGGCUCUCGCACCCCAACAUCAUCAAGCUGAAGGAGAUCUUCGAGACGCCGUCCGAGAUCGCGCUGGUGCUGGAGCUGGUGACGGGAGGAGAGCUCUUUGACAGAAUCGUGGAGAGGGGCUUCUACAGCGAGCGGGACGCGGCCCACGUCGUCAAGCAGAUCCUGGAAGCCGUUUCGUAUCUGCAUGAAAAUGGAGUCGUCCACCGCGACCUGAAGCCGGAAAACCUGCUCUACGCGGACCUGUCCCCCGAUGCGCCCCUUAAAAUCGGUGACUUCGGGCUCUCCAAGAUCGUGGAUGAGCAGGACACCAUGAAAACUGUCUGCGGGACACCGGGGUACUGCGCCCCUGAAGUCCUUCACGGGUGCCCGUAUGGCCCGGAGGUGGAUAUGUGGUCUGUGGGUGUCAUCACCUACAUCCUGCUCUGCGGCUUCGAGCCCUUCUUCGACCCGCGAGGGGACCAGUACAUGUACAGCCGCAUCCUCACCUGCGACUACGAGUUCGUGUCCCCGUGGUGGGACGAGGUUUCCCUCAAUGCCAAGGACUUGGUCAGAAAACUGAUUGUCCUGGAUCCCCAGAAGAGGCUGACAGUCUACCAGGCUCUGGAGCACCCCUGGGUCACCGGGAAAGCCGCCAAAUUUGCUCACAUGGACAGCACGCAGAAGAAACUGCAGGAAUUUAACGCCAGACGGAAGCUGAAGGCUGCCAUGAAAGCUGUGGUGGCUUCCAGCCGCUUGGGCAACCACGGGCACCACGACUGCUCCCGCAGUGGGCGCAGCCGGGGGGGACCCCGCGACGCCUGCCUGCCCCAGGGGACGGGCACCGCCGGCCCUGAAGCCACUGCGACCGAGGACCUCGGCGCUUUCCGGAGUGACUGCCCCACCGUGUCCAAGGUUCCCGUCAGCGGUGCCAAGAGCUAA